GACGAGAAAGAAACGAAGUUGGCGGUCACAUAUAUUACAUUUUUUUAAAACCCACCGAUUUUAGUAAGCAAAACGCAAGUCAUGGCCACUGGAAUUACCACCAAGGAGCGGCUGGAGAGGCUGAUGGCCGCCAAAACCCAGCUGGAGGCUCAAAUUAGUAAAAAUGGACAAAUUUUAGCUGCAAACGACAAUGUGGGCAUGACCGGUCCCAUGAUCGACGCCGAAGGAUUUCCACGCAACGAUAUCGACAUCUACCAGGUACGGCAGGCCCGCCAGACGAUAAUUUGCCUGCAGAACGAUCACAAGGAGCUGAUGAACCAAAUCCAGAAGUUGCUCAACCAAUACCACAGUGAGAUCGCAACGACCGACCCUGAGCUGGUGAAUCGCGCCUCCGCCUUGGAGCUGGACAGCGAAAGAGGGUUGGGUGGAGCUACUAUUGCGCCUCCCGAUAUUCGCCCCAUAGUUGUAGUCAAUCUAGUCAGCCCCAGUUCCCCGGCUGAAGAGGCAGGAUUGCGCGUGGGCGACAAUAUCUGCCGCUUCGGCUCCGUUAACAGCAACAACUUCAAGGGGGAUUUGGGCCAGAUCGGCGAGGUUACCAGAAACAUGCAGAACCAGAACGUGCAGCUCAAAGUCAUGCGCGGCGACCAGCUUCUAGAUCUGCUGUUGGUGCCAAAAGCCUGGAGUGGACGGGGCUUGCUGGGAUGUAACAUUGUGCUGCCCCCAGAGUCCAUGGAGUACUAAUUUAUCAUUUAAACUUUGAUGCAUGUACAUUUGCUCCAUUUAAUUAUUCAUUCAUUGCCAGGCAUAAUGAACACAGAACAUAAUUGUUCUAAAUUGUAAAAA